UUCCUGACGACCCUAUAUCCCAAUCCGUGACAUUUCUGCUCCAAAACAACAUGCUCAACUCGUACGGCCCGAUGCCGCAGUACUCAUGGGUCCAGGCAGCAAACCUACUCGUCGACAGCUAUCCAGUACUCGGCUCAUCGGAUGCCCUGGUUUCUUCACACCCGACCCUGACGCUCUUGACACUGCGGCUGAUCAUACUCACGCAGUUCCUGGACCAGUGUGUCUACGCACUGAAGGAGUCACAAGACGCUGCUACGGCCCGACCUCUACCGUACCUUGCGAGCGAAACACUCGAAAUCCUC